AUGUCUGUGGCAGCAACGGGUGCAGUGCUCAACUUUGUUGUAAUCAUUGCCAUGGCUAUUGAUCCUUUGAAAAUACUUCGCAAAGGACCAUGGCUAACUAUUCUCAACCUGGCAAUUGCAGACUUCAUUUCAUGUAUAUCGUGCUUCUUUUUAUGGGGAGUGAUAUUUUUCAUCCCUAAAAGCGAGUUAUACGAUGACAUCACCAUUAUUGGCUGGGGUUUUGGUUCUUCCGCUUCGUUCUUAUGGUUGACAUUUCUCUCUGUACAAAUUUUCGCAAUUACAAAAUUUCCGCUCAAAAGUCGCCAUUGGUUCACCGCUCUAAAGAUCGUAUUGGUUGGCAUAGCAGUUUGGCUCUUCGCAUUUUUAUUGGGUCUCAGUCUUAUCACCUACCGUUUCCAUUUGCCAUUAACGAUCAACUUAAAAAUUUGGACAGCUAAAAUGGGCGUAUUACAAAUCGCCCUUGUCAUUCAAAUAGUCUUGAAUAUCCAAGUUGCGAUCGAGAUAAUUCGAAGUGGACGAAGCACUGGAAAUCCUCAAAAUGCCAAACACAAGAAUAUCGCAAAGACUGUGAUCAUUCUUACACUGAUUCUCUUCCUCACCGCCUUUCCUUAUUUCUUAUUCAAACAACUAGAGUUAUUGGCAAGACUGGGAUACUUUGAUCAAGAUGAAACCGCCCGAGUAUUGCAUUACCUCUCCUAUUACUACGCACCAAUCGCCAUGCUAAAUUUCGCGGCUAACCCAAUUCUAUAUGCCCUACGUCUACCCGACUACAGGCAAACUUUGCUCGCUUUCGUUGGGAAAACCAGGUCGUCACAGUUAACAAAUGCGUUCUCCUUGAAAAGUCAAAAAAUAAAUAUGUCUGAAAUAAGUGAAAGGCACACUCUAACUUGA